AUGAUUCCUCAUUUCGGCAUUGCGGAGAAGUGCCUGCUCGUGACAAUUGCUAUUUUCCUCUCUUCUCGCGGGGCUCACGCAUUCUACACCCAACCCCAGAUCGAGCCCCAGUUGGGUACCGAACGAGUCGUCUUUCAGACGGACUUCGGCGACAUCGAGUUUGGAUUCUACCCGCAAGUGGCGCCGCGCACUGUAGCACACAUCUCUCGUCUCGCGCAUCUUGGCUGCUAUGCCACAAACCACUUCUUCCGGGUGGACAAGGGCUUCGUGGCGCAGGUAGCUGACGUGGUGGGCGGGCGGCAGGUCCCCCUGAGCGCGCAGCAGCGGUGGGAGGCGGAGCAGACAGUCCCGGGGGAGUUUUCCGCGCUGCCCCACAGGCGGGGAACGCUCUCCAUGGCGCGGUACGAUGACCCCAACAGCGGCACCUCCUCCUUCUCCAUGCUGCUUGGGGAUGCCCCGCAUCUAGACGGCAAGUACGCGGUGUUUGGGCGGGUAACGGCAGGGGAUGAGGUGCUGGCGCGCAUGGAGGCGCUACCCACGCGGACAGAGGGCAUCUUUGUCAUGCCAUUGAAUCGUAUAUCCAUUCUAGCAACCUAUGUGUAUGAUCUGCCGGGGGCUGUACCGGACCCCAUCUGCCACGAGGACCGCGAGCUGCUCAGGCGGAAGCUCGUGCAGAUGGAUGAUGAGCUGCAACGCACGAACAAGCAAGAGCAGCUGGCAGGUGAUGCGGAGGUGCAUGUGCGCAGUCGGAAAGGCGCGCGGAGAAGCCGCUUUGCGCUCCCCGCGUCCAUGUUCGCGCGGAGCAAGGGGAAAAGGGCAGGGAGUAUAGGCGAGGAGAGCGAGGUCGUGGCGCCGUCACCGGAAUGGCGGCGCGACUUGUCCACGGGUUCCGAUUCAGUCACAUCGUCGGAUGUCGGGCCGGCGAUAUCCGGACCGUCCGAUGGUGGCGAGGCGGAAGUUACCAGCGCCGCCCCCCCCGUCACCCCGUCCGCCUCCGCCGCCGCUGCCACCGACUGCGGUGGCGGCGGCGCAGACAGGGAUAGCGCCGCCAGCGCCGCGUCGGCCGCCGCAGGCGACGGCGCGACCGGCGCUAGCGGCGGUCGGCAGCAGCCGCUUCUCCCCGCGGAUGCGCGCGCGGCGCUGGAGGAGCUACAGACGACGGUCAUGGCGCUGCGCGACGCCACGCGCGAGGCGUGCCGCGUUGCGCGGCUGCUGCUGCUACUAGACGCGGCCGCGCGCAUGGCGGCGCUCCAGCGCAUGGUGCGCGCGGUGGGGGACGCGCUGAGCCAGCCCGCGCUGCUGUCGCUCAUGUCCUCCUGCCUCGCACCCGCGGACGCCGCCAAACUGUCGGAGCUGCGCGCGCGCAUGCAGGCCGCGUCUUUCGAGGCGGAACCGGAGGUGGCGCAGCUGUGCGCGCUGCUGAAGCGCGCGGUGAUGAGCACGGGGAUCGUGGGCGGACUCGUCAGCACCAGGGGCGGCUCCGUUUCCGCCGCCGCCGCGCGCGCCUAUAGCGACGGGCAGGAGGCUCUAUCGAAGGUGAUCAUACACUUAGGAUUAAGCGAGGUAGGCGGGGAAGGGGGCGGGGGAAAGGGAGCGGAGGGGGUUAGCGGGGGAGGAGGCAUGGAGGGGGAUAUGGGAGAUUCAGAGAAGAGAAAAUCCUCCCAGGCUUACCCACACCACCAGCAACACCACCACCACCAUCAUCACCACCACCACCACCUUCACCAGCAGCAGGGGCAGCAGCAGCAGCAGGGGCAGGAUCAAGAAGAGAGCGGGCCUGCGCGGUCCCCUCUAGCAUUGCCUGUAGCGAUUCUUCUCCAGGAGGUGCAUUUAGACCUCGCUCUAGCCAAGGAGGUGGAGGAGAGGAACCGUGACGUGGAGAAGUUAAGGGCGCUAGAGUGCCUCUUAGCCAUCGUGCAGACGCACGUGGGGGUUGUAGAGCUUCCCGCCUCGCACUCUCAACUCCCGGGAGCCGUUUCUGUUUCUGGUUCUGCUGCUUCGGCUGCUGCGUCGGGUGGUGCUGGUUCAGGCACUGAGCGCAGUGCGCUGGGUGGUGGGGGUAGUUUUAACAAUAGAAGCCUGGCGGCGCUUCUAGGCAGCGGAACGAGGGGGGAAGCAGGCGGGAGAGAGGAGGGAGUAGGUAGAGGGGAAACAGGGGAGAAUGCUGGGGCAGGAGGGGAGGAGGGAGGUAGGAUAACGCGGUUCCCUCGUGGUUACAGCACAACGGAAACGGUGCAGCGCGAAAUGGCUGGCGAAGUGAAGCCGGAGCUGUGCUGCGCGUUAACAGGGUUACCGCUGCAGCAGCCGGUGGUGUUGGUGGAGAGUGGGGUGGUGUUUGAGCGGGUGGCGAUCGAGGCGUAUAUUGCGUGCGUGCGGGCGACUGGGGGGGGGAGAGAGGGGCUGAGUAGCAGGGGUGGGAGGGAGAAGGAGACGGGAGGGGGUGUGGGAGGAGAGGAUGCAGGAAUUUCCGCUGCUGUUGCUGCUGCCGGUGCUGGUGUUGGGGGUGCAGGUGGUGAUGGGGAUGUUGCAGCAUCAGGCGCAGCAGGAGGAGGAGGUGGGGGUGGGGGGGGGGCCGGGGCAGAUGCUGCUUCAGGUGCGAGUCAGCCCAGUGAAGUCAUAAAGAGCAAGGGCGAGAGCAGGGACGAGAGCAAAAGCGAAAGCAGGGACGAGAGGAGGGACGAGAGCAAGGGUGAAAGCAGGGGCAGCAAGGAGGGGAAAGGAGGGGAGGAACGGGUGGAGGAGGCGGAAGAGGAAGGCAAAACCGGAGAGGUGGAGGCAGAGGGCGAGGAGGUUGCGGUAGCAGUGGAGGCUGUUGAAGUGCUGACGAUGAGGGAUGAGCAGCUGGGGCUUAUGCUGGUGGAGGGAGGGGGGGUGCCGCUGCUGAUUGCGCUGCUGGGCGCGGAGAAAAGGGUGCAUGUGCGCGAGCACGUGCUGCUGUCACUGCGGAAUCUGGCGUGCCUGGGUGGGGAUAUUCAGGACAUGUUGAUAGAGCACGGGGUGCUGCCCCCCCUGGUGGCAGUGCUGGCGGAGAAUGCAGCGGACGCCAUGGCGGGCGUGCAGGUGCUGCACGAGCUCGCCACGGGGGAGAGGCACCGCCACGCCAUCUCCGCCGCCCAGGGCGACCUCGAGCUCAUCCGCCUGCGGUCCCGGCACAAGGAGGCGGGCGACCAGGUGGCGGAGCUGUUGGACACAGUGCUGCGGCUGUUCUGGGAGGGCGAUCCGUCAGUGGCGGUGCACAUGGCAGCAGCAGGCCUCAUGGACCCACUCGUCACGCUCAUUGCGCCCGGCAACGACAUGGACACGGUUCUGCUCAUGGCCGAUGCAGUCAUGUCAUGCGGCAUCACCAAGGUCUCCCGCAUUGCGCUCGUGCAAGCAGGCGUCCUCCCACCCCUUAUCCACAUGCUCUCGCACGCGCCCCCCAACGCACGCACCAUGGCCGCCCGAGCCAUAGAGCACCUCUCCCACACCGAGGCUAACCGCGUGGCCCUCGCCAAGGCUGGGGUCAUCCCGGCCCUCGUCCGCUGCCUCGGCCGAACCAUGCCGGGGGAGCUGCGAGGCGCGGCCCAAGCCACCCUCGCAAACCUAGCCAUGGACGACCAGGAUUUAGAGACACUAGAUGAGGAGGGGACAGUUGUGCGGCUGCUUACUAUGCUCCGUGUCGGCCCCGCGACGAGCCGAGAAUACGCGGUGAAGACUCUUGAGUUUGUGACCCGGGACGAGGAGAAUCGGCACAUGAGAACAACUGUGUUAGAGGAUGAAGGGGCCGUGGGAGCGAUAGUGUCUGCGCUGAGCGAUGCCGUGCGGGCCACUGGCGGUGCUGUGAGCUCCACGCAUUUCACCGCGGGGGCUUUAAGGGCCAGCGCGCUGCUGCUGCUGCAGCACCUAGCAAAAGAGCCGAUGGCAGCAGCGGCAAUGGCUUCGGUGCCGGAAGCAGUGCCGCUGCUGGGGCAGCUGCUGGUGCUGGCUCUGCCUCAGGAUGAGCAUGAGGCGGUGGUGAUGGUGCUCGGGGCUAUGGCUGCGGAUAAGGGGAUGAGAUGGCGGGUGCGGAAGCUGCGGCAUCUGCUGCUGUGCAUGAGGAGGUUGCUUCCCGGGGCUGAUGCGGCCAUUGCUGCUGCUGCCGCCGCUGCGAAAUCAGCGGCGGCAGGAGGAGGCGGAGGAGUAGGAGGAGGAGGAACAGGGCUGCUUCAGCAGCAGCAGCAGGUGGGAGCGGGUGAUGGGGCUGCUGCUGCUGGAGUGGCGGGUACGGGGCGGCUUGUGGGACGGGUGUUUGGUGGAGGGAGGAGGAGUAGUGGUGGUGGUGGGUCGUCUCUAUUAGCCGUGCAAGAGGCAGUCCUACGUGGCGUCGCGGCAUUGGCCGAUCCCGACGACCCAGCAAUGCAGCAAGAGGUAGCACGGCUGGGCUUCCUCCCUCUCGCCGUGCAUCACCUGAGGGUCGGGCCCGACGCUCUCCUAGCAGGAGCGGGAAGAGCUGGGGCUGCUGCUGCUGCUGCUGCUGCUGCGCGAGGGGGGUUUGGACAGGGGUUGGUGGCGCCUGGAGUGUCUGGUUCAGGGAUGAGGGGUCAGGCUAGUCAACACUGUUACUCAGGGCCGCUGAGCUCAUGGCAGGAAGCAGAAUCACCCGUGGGUGAUGCUGAUGCUGGAGGUGGGGGUGGGGGUGGAAGGGAGGGGAAGGAUGUGGGAGUGGGAAAGGGAGUGGGUGCAGGUGUCGCUGGGGGGGACUUGAGAGGGGAGGCUGGUGCUGCAAGGGAGUCUGUGCCUAGCUGUGCUGCCAGUGAUCCGCAAGUGGGGGCAGCGGCUGCUGCUGUUGCUAUUAAGGCUGUGAACUGGCAGGGAGAAGGGGGAGAAGGUGGUCGAGAGGAGCCAGGAGCAGGAGGAGGAGGAGGAGGAGAACCAGGAGGAGGAGGAGGAGAAGCAGGAGGAGGAGAUAAACGGGUGGGUGGGGAAGGGGUUAGCUUGAGGCAAGAGCUUGAGAACAGUGAUGUGGAACAACAAAAAGAAGCUCAGCAGCAGCAGAGCACGAGUGGUGCGAAUCCGGAAGGCUCAAGCACAGCCUGGAACUUCUUGGAUGAGCACGAGAGUCCAAACCCUGCAGAACCGCAGCAACACGACAGCAAAAGAGCAGGCUCGAUACUCAAUAGCACACCCAACGCUCCGAGCGACAGCGGUGGCGUGGGUGGUGUGAGUGGCGUGAGUAGGGGGAAAGGGGUGAGGGCGCGGAGAGGAGGUCCUGCGCUGAACCUGCAAGUGGGUCAGCAUUCCGCAGCAGCGCUGCUCUCCCCCCGCGUCUUCUUCCCCUUCCACACUGCCCUCUCCCCCCGCCAGUCCCCUUCCCCAACCUCCGUGGCAGCACAGCAACGAGGCGCAAAGGCUGGUGGAGCCGGGGUUCAGAGCUCUAGUGGAACGGGUGGGGGCGGUGUAAGUGGUGGUGGGGUUGGUGUGGCAGGUGGUGCGGCUGGUGGGGGUGGUGGCGGUAGUGCGGGUAAGCGUGGUCUCAUUUCAAGGCACAGGAAGAGCAACAGCGGCAGUGCGUUUGACCUGUUUGGGAGCGGCACGCACAUGCGAGGAGCAAGCGACUCCAGCAACGGCAGCUUGUUAACAGGGGGUCCCACCCUGUCAGCCUCCUUCCAUCAUGCAUCCCUCGACUUCGGCCACCACUCCCAACCUCACGACAACCCUCUCAACCCUCUCACCCACAUUCCCGACUUCAGCCUGGCAGAAUCACCAGAAUCAGCCAGCGCACAGGCACAGCUAAGCCCACUCCCUCCCACCGACCCCCACUCCUCCGCCUCCUCUACUUUCUCCACCCGCAGCCUCCUCUCACGCAACAUGCGUCUCCCGUCCCUCCUCGCCCUCCCGCAGCUCUACCGCUCCUGCAAGGUCCACGGCGGCAAGUGCUCCCUCCCCACCACCUUCUGCCUUCUCGACGACAACCUAAUCGACGUGCUGCUAGAGCUAGUCCGCCGCGCCACAAACAACGUCGCCGAGGUCUGCCUAGCCGCCGUCGCGAGCCUUCUCGCGGACGACGCGUGCCACGAGCGCUCGGCCGAGUUUCUGGUGAAGCGGGAUGCGGUGGAGGUGGCGGCCACGAUGGUGGGGCGGUCCAAGGAGCUCACGCGCGUGGGCGUGUAUAUCCUGGAGCGGAUCUUCGCGUUUGGGAAGUUCCGCAAGCCCAAGUACUCGCAGCCGGCGGUGGCGGCGCUGGGGAGGUUCAUGACGACGGCGUCUGGGCAGUCCAGGAAGACUGCUGCCGAGACGCUCAUGCGGCUUGGGAUACUGCCAAAGGGGUCGCUUACUAUGGACUUGUGA